AUGUAUCAGCUCCACUCAUGGAAAAGCCGAGCCUUUUUCACCGACCGGAAGCUGAUGAUUUUCUUGCUAUUCUUCUCCGGCGUGCUCUGCGGCGAGGUUUACGGCCUCGGCUCGAUGUCCCCCAUCGCCAUAUCAUACGGCGAGAGCGGCCCCGCCUUCUGCGGCCUGAAAUCCGACGGCUCACACCUCGCCAGCUGCUACGGCUCCAACCCCGCCAUCGUCCGCGGCGCGCCGCCGUACUCGCCGUUCCUCGGCCUGACCGCCGGAAACGGCUUCGUGUGCGGUCUCCAGACGGGCUCGAGCCGGCCCUUCUGCUGGGGCAGCACGGGCUUCAUUCCCAUGGGCUCGCCGCUGGGUUCUCGGGGCUCCGAAUACCUAGAAAUCAGCGCCGGAGACCACCACCUCUGCGGCCUGCGCAAGGCCCUCACCGGAAAAUUCAGGAACACGUCGCUCGUAGACUGCUGGGGCUACAACAUGACCAAGAGCUACACCUUCGACGGGCAGAUCCAAUCAAUCUCCGCAGGCUCUGAGUUUAACUGUGGCCUGUUUUCCCAAAACAGGAGUGUCUUUUGCUGGGGUGACCAAACCAGCAGUAAUGUAAUCGGUUUGGUGCCGAAAGAGCUUAAAUUUCGAAAAAUUGCCGCCGGGGGUUUUCAUGUCUGUGGCAUUCUUGAAGGGGUUCACUCGCGAGUCAUCUGUUGGGGGAAAAGUUUGGAUCUUGAAAACGAAAUUUCCGUAUCCGGUUCGCCCCGCCCGUUUUUCGGUCAGCUUAAUGUCGAUAGUGCGCCGGAUUUCCCGAUUCUGUCAGUUGUCGGCGGCAAAUUUCACGCCUGUGGGAUUAAGAGCGCCGAUAGAAGUAUCGUUUGCUGGGGUUAUACCGUCGAGAAAAGCACUCCGCCACCUGCCGGAGUCUCGCUUUACGAAAUCGCCGCCGGCGAUUAUUUCACGUGCGGAAUUCUCGCCGAGACUUCCUUUUUACCCAUUUGCUGGGGCUCGAAUUUCCCUUCUUCCCUUCCUGUAGCCGUCUCGCCUGAAAUUUGCCGGUCAGACCCAUGCCCGAAUGGUUUUUACGAGUUCAAAAACGUGAGUGGGCUCUGUAAAUCCUCCUCAGACGGCUCCACCCAUAUCUGCCUGCCAUGUGGCGACGGCUGUCCGAACGAGAUGUAUGAGGUGGCACAAUGCGGCUCGAAUUCCGACCGGCAAUGCGCGUACAACUGCACAAACUGCGUAUCCUCCGACUGUUUCAACAAUUGCUCGACUGGUUUUGGUGGACAAAAGAAGAGUAACGAAAAGUUUUGGACAUUGCAGAUUCCGAUUCUCAUAGCCGAGGUCUCGUUUGCCGUUUUUCUCGUGAGUGCCGUUUGCCUAACUUCCAUCUUAUAUGUUCGUUACAAGCUAAGAAAUUGCAAAUGCUCGGCAAAAUCAAUGAGAAGUUACAACAGACACGGCUCGUUUCGUAAGGAGAGCGGUAAAAUCCGGCCUGAAAAUUUAGAUGAGCUCAAGAUCCGCCGAGCCCAAAUGUUCAACUACGACGAGCUCGAACGCGCCACAAACGGGUUCGAUCAAGAAUCCCUUGUCGGUAAAGGAAGCUUCUCGUGCGUUUUCAAGGGCAUUCUCAAAGACGGCACUUUAGUAGCCGUCAAACGAGCCAUAAUCUCGCCCGACAUGAAAAAAAACUCGAAGGAGUUUCACACCGAGCUCGAUUUACUCUCGAGAUUAAACCACGCGCAUUUGCUCAACUUGCUCGGUUAUUGCGAAGAAGGCGGCGAACGCCUUUUGGUCUACGAGUUCAUGGCGAAUGGCUCAUUACAUCAACACUUACACACUAAAAACAAAGAAAUCGUCAAAGAGCCGCUCGAUUGGAUAAGACGAGUCACGAUAGCUGUUCAAGCCGCCCGAGGGAUCGAAUAUCUACACGGAUACGCUUGCCCGCCGGUCAUCCACCGUGACAUAAAGUCGUCAAACAUUUUAAUCGACGAAGAGCAUAACGCUCGAGUAGCUGAUUUCGGGCUUUCCCUACUCGGCCCGGCUAAUAGUAGCUCGCCAUUAGCCGAGCUGCCAGCUGGCACGCUCGGUUAUCUCGACCCGGAAUACUAUCGGUUACACUACCUCACGACAAAAUCCGAUGUCUAUAGUUUCGGGGUUUUAUUGCUCGAGAUACUAAGCGGACGAAAGGCGAUCGAUAUGCAAUAUGAAGAAGGGAAUAUAGUCGAGUGGGCCGUGCCACUAAUAAAAAACGGGAAAAUUGAGUCGAUUCUCGAUCCGACACUAAAGCCACCGGAAGAUCUCGAGGCUUUGAGUAAAAUCGCGAAUAUUGCGGGAAAGUGUGUGAGGAUGAGAGGUAAAGAGAGGCCAUCGAUGGAUAAAGUUACGACAAGCCUCGAACGAGCUUUGGCUUUACUAAUGGGAAGCCCGUCGAGCGAUCAGCCGAUUUUGCCGAGCGAAGUUGUGCUCGGGAGCAGUAGGCUUCAUAAGAAGUCGUCACAAAGAUCCGAGACAGAUUGUGACGAGCAGAGGCUCGAGUUUCGAGCGCCGUCUUGGAUUACUUUUCCGAGCGUCGCCUCGUCGCAGAGGAGGAAAUCGUCGGUUUCGGAAUGUGAUGCUGAUGGGGCAAAAAACGUGGUGGAGAUUCGGAAUAUGGGCUGCAAUGUGAGUGUUGUUGGGCCUGUGGCUGUGGAGGAGAUUGGGCCAGCUUCGCCACACGAGCAUUUGUACUUGCAGCAUAACUUUUAA